CAAUUCCUGUUAACUUGCCUCAGUUCGGCUUGUUUGUUGACAAAUCCACAGCGUUCGACAAUUUGUUUUUGUUUAUUAAAAGAACUUAUUGUAAUCACAGUUUUUACAGACUUAAUAAAAAUUGAGAAUGAUUUUAUACUGGAUUUCAAGAAAUGGAACAGUUUCUUUACGAUGGAUUAAUUAACGAUUAUUACUAGGUUAUCAAACGGCUUCGUAAGAAAGGUGGAUAAUUAAUUUAAAAACACUGCGCUCAAUUAAUUAAUAAGAGAGUGUGUUAAAUUUUAACAAUUUUUGUAAGUAUUGAGGCUUCAGAUAAUGUAAAUUGCUAAGUUGGUGUGCUAAGUUGGUGUUCUAACCCUGGACUACAUGACACUGAAGUCACAUUUUUGAAAGUUGUUAUGCCAGGCAAAUGAUCAGCAAGAUGAUGCACAGAAGUAUUGGUAAGAGGAUCCGGAUGGAUGAACCACCACCUCCUGAAUAUGAUACGACAAAUCCAAUGACUCCUAUGACCCCUGGUGAACCGCAUGAUAUCGGUGAAAGCUACACGCCAUAUUUAGGAUAUAACAAUGAUCCUGGCACACCUGUUCAUAACAGGAUGAAUGACUUGUAUAAUGACAACUAUGAAAGUGGACACCAAACACCUCUGAGCCAUCCUAGCUAUGACGCCCCUAAUAGUAGUGGUGGCGAUGAAGAUACAACUUAUGAGCCUACUGACAGUCAUGGAGUGUUUGAAGACUCACCAGCCCCCAUCAGCGGUCGCAUUACAAGAUCUCGUCUCAGAAAAAAUUUAGAUGCGAAUCAACCACCGCCUCCUCCUGUUGUUACAACGACUCCGAAAAAAUUAGCUGGCGAGGAUGGAAGAGUGGGUAGGCCGAAACGAGGGCCUCAUCGUAAAAAUUACAAUGAAAAUGACGAAGAUAGCACUUUAUAUCAGAUUAUUAAGCAAGCUCGUAUGACUCUUCAGGUUGUUGUUGACGAUUGGAUUGAAGCUUACAAAGUGAACCGUGAUUCUGCAUUGCUCGCCCUCAUGCAGUUUUUUAUAAACGCCUCUGGGUGUAAAGGUAAAAUAACGCAAGCAAUGGCCACAAACAUGGAGCAUGCAGCUAUAAUCAGGAAGAUGACUGAAGAGUUCGAUGAAGAGAGUGGAGAGUACCCUCUUAUAAUGUCCGGCCAACUUUGGAAAAAAUUCCGAACAAAUUUCUGCGACUUUGUUGCCCAGUUGGUGAAACAGUGCCAAUAUUCAAUAAUAUACGAUCAGUAUCUCAUGGACAAUAUAAUUUCCCUUCUGACGGGUCUUUCCGAUUCUCAAGUAAGAGCUUUUAGACACACGGCUACACUUGCUGCAAUGAAACUAAUGACAGCACUCGUCGAUGUUGCACUUGUAGUAUCGAUAAAUUUGGAUAAUACUCAGCGUCAGUAUGAAUCAGAAAGGCAGAAAGCUAGAGACAAGCGUGCAAGUGAUCGUUUGGAGUCACUUUUAAUCAAACGUCAAGAGUUGGAAGAGAACAUGGAUGAAAUCAAGAACAUGUUAACUUACAUGUUCAAGUCAGUUUUUGUUCAUAGAUAUAGGGAUACUUUACCUGAAAUAAGAGCCAUUUGUAUGGCCGAAAUAGGCGUAUGGAUGAAGAAAUUUCAUCAGAAUUUCCUGGAUGACUCUUAUCUCAAAUAUAUAGGUUGGACCCUUCAUGACAAAAUCGGAGAAGUCCGAUUAAAGUGCCUGCAGGCUCUACAACCAUUAUACGCAUCAGAAGAACUUAAGGGAAAGCUUGAGCUAUUUACAAGCAAGUUCAAAGACAGGAUAGUUUCCAUGACGCUUGACAAAGAGUAUGAUGUGGCUGUCCAGGCAGUUCGCCUUGUUAUCAGCAUUCUCAAACACCACAGAGAUAUUCUUACUGAUAAGGACUGCGAGCAUGUUUACGAACUUGUUUACUCGUCGCACCGAGCUGUUGCACAAGCCGCCGGUGAGUUCUUAAACGAGAGGCUGUUCGUUCCAGAAGAGGUUGCUUCAGUGCAAAGGACCAAAAGGGGAAAGAAAAGAUUGCCGAAUACUCCAUUGAUUAGAGAUCUUGUUCAGUUUUUCAUCGAAUCAGAGCUGCACGAGCAUGGCGCUUACCUGGUGGAUUCGCUCAUAGAAAGUAACGCUAUGAUGAAGGACUGGGAAUGCAUGACUGAUUUGCUCAUUGAAGAACCUGGCCCUAACGAAGAGCCUUUAGAUGAUCGUCAAGAGACUUCGUUAAUUGAAAUAAUGGUUUGCUGCGUAAAACAAGCAUCGACGGGUGAUGCACCUGUUGGUAGAGGGCCUAAUAGAAAGAUGCCAUCAAUAAAAGAAUUAAAGCAAGUGCAAGAUGACAAACAAAAAUUAACAGAGCAUUUUAUUGCUGUGCUACCACAGCUUUUGGACAAGUUCAGUGCUGAUCCAGACAAAUUGACGAAUCUUUUAAGCAUACCACAGCAUUUCGAUCUUGAAAUUUACACAUCUUCAAGACAAGAAGCUAGUUUAGAUCUAUUACUUAAAAAAAUUCAAACAAUCACGGAAAAACAUCAUGAUACAGAUGUUCUUGAAACAUGUGCUAAAACACUUGAAUUUUUAUGCUCGGAAGGAUUUGCUAUAUAUACAAGAUGUGACGUUCAAAGGAGCACAUUGAUAGAUUCGGUUGUAAAUAAGUAUAAAGAAGCCAUGGAUGAAUGGAAUUCGCUCAUUGAAGGGGAGGAAACACCUGAUGACGAUGAGACUUACAACGUUGUAAAUAGUUUAAAGAAAGUAUCGAUAUUCUACUCCUGCCACAACCUUGGCAACUGGUCGAUAUGGUCUUCCUUGUUCAAAGAUGUCGAAGAAGCCAAAGAUGGGGUGACUUCUCUGCCGGAAGAAGCUGUGAAGUAUUCAAUAUCAGCAUGCUACUUUGCAGUCUUAUGGGAUCUUCACCAUAUAGAAGAAAUACUGGAAGCAGGUGGACCGACUGAUGAUCAUAUCGUUGAAACCAAAUCAAGACUGGUUUUAUUUAUGGAUAUUAUGAAAAUGAUGUUGGUCCAACAACACAGUCAAAUAUACAAAGAAGAAGCCUAUUUGGUUGUUUGUGACUUGAUGGUUGUAUUUUGCAAUCAGCUUUACUCAAAUAACCACCCUGCUUUAGGCGGGCUUGUUUAUGAGCCGGAUAAAGAUUUUCAAAAUAUGCUGAUCGAUUUUAUUCAAAAUAACGUUUUUACAUAUGAAGAAGAUGAAGAAUUAGACGAACAUUCAAAAAUUGCCGAACUACACAAAAGACGAAACUUCCUGGCGUCUUAUUGUAAAUUAAUUGUAUAUAGUAUUCUGCCUACAUCAUGCGCUGCUGAUGUUUUUAAACACUAUGUUAAAUCUUAUAACGAUUAUGGAGAUAUAAUCAAAACAACGGUUGGAAAAGCAAGGGAAAUCAACAAAGUGAAUUGUGCCAGAACUAUGAUGGCAGCUUUAACGUCCCUUUUUAAAGAGCUCCAGCAAGGAAUGAGGGGUAUACGUCUUUCAAGGACUAUAGAAGAUUUCACAAGCCUUAAAGAAUUGGCAAAAAGGUUUGCACUUUCCUUUGGUCUUGAUGCUGUAAGGAAUCGGGAGGCCAUAACCGUACUGCACAGGGAGGGAAUCCUGUUCGCUGUUAUGCCUGGAGACUGCGUCGAAGACCCGACAGGGCCACCGCCGAACCUCCCAUUCCUUGAAAUAUUGACUGAAUUCACGAAUAAACUGUUAAAGCAGGAUAAACGCAUGGUGUUGAGUUAUUUGGACAGGAGAAUUACAAUGGGUAUGCCUUCAAGCAGAGGUGAGGACUGGCAGCCGUUAGUUCUUUACAGGAGCAGUUUGGUUCACGGUGAGACUGAUCAGCCACCAGUCACGUCAAAGAGGGCUUACACAAGGAGGAAAAAAGAAAUCGUGGAUGAUGAUGUAGGUGGUGAUGACGAUGACGGUACUUCUGAUACAGAAUUCAUGCCAGGAAUGAACUCUGUGGAGGACAGGAAGAAGAAGAAACACAGGAUGAAACGGCAAAUCUUUAAAGAAUCCUCUCCACCGAUUCAAAGCAUCAAUUACACGAACCUAGUCAACAGCGUCGGCAACACCGCUGGUAACGGAAGGGAUUCGCCUAUAAAUUAUUCAGUUGAGAGCCUUGCCACUUCUUCACGACCUCAGCGCCAAUGUGCACGCUUUAGUUUCUGUUAUAUUGAUAAUUUUUCAGAUGAUGAAAUUUAAGAAACAAUAGAAGGACAUCAAAAAUAUCCUUUUUUUUUCUUUCUCUUUGACAUUGUUGUAUAUGUAAAUUUCAUGUUGACCCUGUACUGGUUCAACAUGAUUUCACUGACUCGCAGACCAAAACCCAUCGUCAACUCUAAAUGUAAUUUGAUCCAAUAUCGCCGCUGAAAAUAUGUUGUAAAUUAGUACAAACAGAAGGGUCCUAGCCAUGUCUUUUAUGACACUUCUGUUAAUUCCAAAUGUGUUUGUAUAGUUGAAAGCAUGAAAGGUAAAUCAAUCAAUAUCAGUCUGCAUAUUUAAAUUUUUUUUAUAAUAUAUACAUAUAUAUUAAUCUUCUUAAUAGAAAAACUGCCAUUCAGUAUUGUCAGCAGGUAUAAAAAUCAAAAAAUUAAAUUGAUUUUCAAAAGUACAAAGAUUUCUGUCUAGAAAAGCCUAGUCUUGGUUGUAAACAGUAUAUGAAUGUUGCACAACAGUUUGUCUUUGUUUCAGGCUUGUUUCAUUGAAAUAAAAAAGUUGUUUGAAGGGGAAACACUGAGAGCAUUGAACAUUUAUGGAUGUGUGUAGUUCAGUCAAUUAGAGCCCAAGGAUUAGUUUGUGAUUAGCAAAAUUGAAAAUAUUUUACUAAUCCAUACACAGUAUAAUUUAUUUGAUACUAUAAAUAUCGAUUAUAAAAAUAUAAAUUAAAAAAAUAUCCUAAUAAAUAAAAUUGGUAAAUUAGCUAAAUUAUUUGUUGUUCGAUGAUGAGAUUUAUAAGUGCACAUCUUAAAAAUACACUGAUUGUCUAAAUGAAGUAUUUUGUUUCAAAUCAUAAGCAACAAAGCUUUUAAUCACAAUCUAGUAAAAUUUCUAAGACCUUUUUGAAUUUUGGGAUGUUUAAUACUUUCUAUAAUCACCUUUCGCCUGCUUCUCUUUUCUUAAUUUUUGCUAAGUAAAAUAAAUGAAUUUCUAAUAUCUGGUUCAUUUUAAAAUUUUAGGGUUUGACGUACCAUGCUUGUGCUUUCUCUAUCUAACCACCUCUUCUCGAAAAAUAAUUUAAUUCUCUUUUCUUAAUUUCUGUUACGUAAAAUAAAUACACCACACAAAAAUAAAUACAUUUACUGCAUAAACUUGUUCAAUUAUCACUUGAACACAGAACAAUGUUGCAGUUCUGAAACAAUGUUCAUUGUUCAUAAACAUCGUUUACAGUCUGGACUAGGCUUACGGUAUGGUAAACAAAUAAUGAACAAACAAAAAUGUUUAUUUUUUUAUAUUAUUGAUGUCAAUUGUGUACAGUGGACCCCCGUAUUAUGCGCUUCUGUAUAAUAACCUCUAAUGUAAUGAAAAACUUGCAAAUAAUCGUACAGCACGAUAAGCAGUCCUGUAUAACGCAUAAGAUAUUUAACAACAUUUCACAUAGUUUCUGAUUUUUGUUUAGAAAAGCAAAUGUAUGAACAGUUUACAAAAGUAGCUGCUUAUUAAAAAGAAAAAAUAAUAAGUAAAUAAAUAAAUACAUACAUACAUACACAUUUAAAGGUAUAAUAGGAAAAUAAUUUUAUUCAACUUUUAAUAAAAAUAUGCAUUUCACUAUUUAAAAUUUAUUCACUAUCAGAAGUAUCAAUAAAUGUGCGAUGCCGCUUUGUUAAUAUUGGUCAUACAGAUUCAUCACUUGAAUAGGCCAUAGUUUUAUGUUGAAUGUUAUUACUAUUUAAAAACAGUUCUUUCUCUAUAUCAUCCAAAUCAUAAAUUAAUCUGAUAAUUUAUGGUCUAUAUAAUGCUAUUUCGUAUUAUGCAGAAUGUAUCCCCUGCGUUCUACGGGAGUCUACUGCAUUUUAUAGUUUAGAAUAUUUAUUGGUUGCCCAGCAAGAAAGCCGCUAUGUCUUUUAAAAGAUUAUAUGUACCAAGUACAGUAUUGUGUUUUAUUGA